CUCAUGUUCUUUUUCAAGCAACACAUCAUUCUAUCGAGGAAAAUCGAUCGUCAAACCCCAAAAUUUUUCCGAGACAAAUUGCGUGAUGUCGAAUGCAUAUUUGUGCAUCUACUGUGGAAAUCGGCUGAUCGCUGAAAAAUGUGUUCAUGCCACUCGGCGGCCCGUUUUCAUAAGAAUCCUUGUUGAAAAUUUGCUAAGGUCACGGAGUCAUGAAAUAAGUCGUGGUACACGAUUUUGCUCCGCGAAAGUACAGCUUUCAUUGUGUGAAAAGGAUAAAGAGAACGAUCGGCUUCGCGAAGCACGCUUCCCAAAUUUCCACCUUCUAGUUUGCAUCGUUGAUCAUCCUGGGUUUAAUUGGCGACCGAUAGAUGCAAAAGAAUUUUCGGAUUCUCUCUCGGGUUGUCAAUCGGAAACCCUUGCCAUUGUUGAAAACAGGAGGCGAAAUACGCGUCUUUCUUCGAUCGGAAAGUUCGCUCUUCCUCCACGUGUUUCGAGCUCUGCUUUUUCUUGCUUCUCCGUGACUGACUGUCCUUGGGAUUUGAAUUAGCCACAGAAUCCCAUAUGCAAAUAUUUUAUUCAGUCCCGAGCUCGUAUGGUAUCUACCGUUUACUAGGAACACUAACGAACUUUCUUCCUCUUUUCCUUACAUUAGAAACAAAUAAAACCCAACUCGACCUUUUGCAAUGACCAACGGAAAUGGAUCCACUGUUUUGAUGAGUCCCACGGCUUCAACGUUGAAGCGCUCUUUGCGUUCGGCGACUCGUGUUCAGUCGGAGCAGCUUGAAGAGGCAGCCCUCAUUAAAGAAGAGAACCAGAUGUUGGAUGACGAAGAGGUCACUUCGGAAGAAGAGGGAGACGGCGACGGCGACACGGUGGUUGAGCGUACCAUUUUCACGGUUGCUUUAGUGAACAGUGUGGUUGAUUCCCAUCAGUCGUCAAGCGAUUUGUCGCAAAAGUCCGAUGGGUCGGCUGACAAUCGCAAAUACGGACUGCGCAAACGAAGGCGUCAAUCGGGGGAAGAUUUGAAACGUCUGGAGCACAAUCAGAUGACCAAAGAUGGAGGGCUUGCUCGUCAGAAGGAUAGGGCAGCCACGCAAGAGUGCGAUAUAUUUGGCGAAACGACAGCUGAGAUUGCUUCCGCUGCGGCAAUCCCAUUACCCCCCGCCACUGCACCAAUAGAAACCCAUAAAAAAGUACAGACUCAGCCGGUGAUCACACAGUUGCGAGUAAAAGAUCCACCACACGUCGCUCGAAAAAACAAUCGACGUCCACUGAAGCCUCCAAAGCCGAUGUCUACACCCAUUUUGCCUUCAUCGAGUUCUGUACCUAAUCCUCUCUCUAAGCCUCUCCCUUCGACUCUAACCCCUAGCUUUCCAACAAAGACAAUCAAAUGUGAACCUGAACAAAGCUUUAAAUCAGUUACAGUGCCAUGUCCUUUACCAGCAGUAGCGUUUGACGAAAAAGUUGACUUUGACGGGGAUAAACGUAAGGUCAAUUUCAAUGACAUGGUAGGGACUACGCGCCUUCGAGGAUUCUCCAUUGACAUGGACUCGGUUGGUCUAGAUUUUCCUGAUGAUAACUCAGUAGCCGAAACUGGGGAUCUUCCUCUUGUAGGAGGACGUCGCGAUCGUGCGUUUUCGUUUGAAUGCUUUGCGUUUGGAAUCAAUGCCGACGAGCCGCUUCCACCUUUGGAACAGUCAGUAAUGUCGCAUCCCGGAGGAGGUAUUGACUCAAUGAGUGGGCGUCUUCGUGGUGACUCGAUUAUUUUUGAUCCCUCCAGUUUUCAGGAAGGUGGUAUUCACGAGCAGACUGCGCUGGAGCGAAAUCGGGCAACUGCAGAGGCACUGAAGCCAACUCUAGUGAUGCCAAAAACAGUUUCUGUGUCGCGAGAAACGCUGGUUCUUCCUCCUCCGUUACUUGCAUCCAAUACCACAGUACCACUUCCAGAAGUCCAGUCUUCGAUGCAGUCCCUGGCGAUGACGAAUUAUGCAGGUACCACCAUGCAGAAUCCUGCAAGUACUACCGUGACGACUCCGGGCGGGUCGGCUACUUUUUCGUUGGAACUGCUCAACAAAGAUGGCCGGAUUGGAAUCUACUUGCCGGACGCACGCCGCGCGCGUAUCGCUCGCUUUCACGCGAAACGGAUUAAACGCAUUUGGCGCAAGCGGAUCAAAUACGAUUGUCGCAAAAAGCUGGCCGAUUCGCGGCCUCGCAUCAAAGGUCGCUUCGUGAAGCGCUCGGAUAUGGACGAUGAAUAAAAUACUCUUAUCUCAUAAAAUAUGUAAAACUUUCUCUUGAUAGACAAUGGCUCUGUACUUUAAACUUUGUUUCGAGUGAAGGCCAUAAGGCUACAAAAACGAACCGCCUACGAAAGAUCGGAUACAACACGUGAAGUCUUGAGCCACGGGUGACUCAUGAUACACAGUGCGGCACACCUAACAUAUACAGUUAAUAGCUACCAGUAAAGGGUCCAAAUGCCCAGAAAUCAGUUCCAGUGGAGAUAGCGUAGGCCACUCGACCGCCCACAACGGCAACUAUACCUGACCAGACAAAGGUAAGAACCAACGAUUUCUUGUCCACCUUGGAGUAGUCAAUCUUUUUCCCUGUUCGAUCCAUUUCCAUCCGCGCAAAGGCCCAGUCUUGCGGAUUCCGCAAGUACGCAUCCAUAUUGCCCUGAGCCUCAUCCCGACUGCACUUGUCACCGGCCAUGAAUUUCAAGACGGCUUGCUCGUAGUCUUCCGAUUGAAAAACGCGUUGAAACCACGGUUUGGGGCCGUGCAUAAGCAAGGUACGUGUAGCAUCGUAGCCUGCUUCGGGACCUUCCUCUGCUUUGGUGGCUACCCACUUUUCGCCGUCGAACUUUGGAGCCAUGAAUCGUGCCGACUGGGAUAACGAUCCCGUCGCCGUCGGGACUGAUGAUCUCUGAGGCUGGGGAGUCGUAAAGGCUUGCGCCAGACCGAAAACAAAGAACAAUAUAAGCAAGGUUUUCAUCAUAAUGAGGGCACGGUGUUGUACAACAGAUUGCCGGCGUGAUCUCUAC